ACUGUUUGCUCAUGCUGGUGUACAAGGAUAAAUCUGAACGAGCAAAAGGACAUAAGGAGAGGAGCAGCAUGACCUUAGAAGACAUCUGUGGCUUGGAUCCUGGGCUCUCCUAUGAGGGCUUGAAUCACACACUUGCAAUCAUCUGUCUCUCUCAAGUUGUGAUGCUGGGAUUUGAGAACAAGGAAACAAUGUAUGCGUGGGAUGUACGAAUCCGCUACAGUUUGGGGGAAGUUCAUAGAUUUCAAGUUUUUGUAGCACCUGGCACUAAACUAGAGAGUGGGCCUGCUACCCUGCAUUUCUGCAAUGACAUUCUCGUCCUUGUAAAAGACCUUCCUCCUAGUGUCAUGGGUCAAUGGAAGCUCUCAGAUCUGCGUCGAUAUGGAGCUGUCCCAAAUGGAUUCAUCUUUGAAGGGGGUACCAGGUGCGGCUUCUGGGCUGGUGUUUUUUUCCUUUCUUGUGCUGAAGGAGAGCAGAUCAGCUUUCUGUUCGACUGUAUCGUCCGUGGCAUCUCCCCGACGAAAGGCCCUUUUGGUUUGCGUCCAGUCCUACCAGAUCCAAGUACAAAUCCAGCCUAUUCAGAAGAAAGAUUGGCUCAUGAAGCUUUGCAAUUAGAAAAGCGCUUGAGCUUGCUGUCCCAUACAAGUCGCCAGGGCAGUGGAGGAGACGAUAGAAGUCUUUCAAGCUCAUCUUCAGAUACCAGCCACUCGGAUGUUAGUGUCGGGAGCAGAUUGACAAUUUGGCCUGAACAGUCUUCAGCCAGCACUUCUCAAGAGAGUCACGGACUGGCAGCUGCAAAGGGCGUCCAUCUUGGAGAAGAAAAGACCCUUCCAGAGGGGGCACGUGGCACCACUAAACCGCCUCCAAAGCCCCUCCGAUCCAGACAGCUACAGGAAAUAGGUCGUCAGAGCUCUUCUGACAGUGGAAUAGCUACUGGUAGUCACUCCUCUUACUCUGGAAGCUUCUCUUCCUAUGCUGGGAGCUUGGAUAUUUGCCACAACGAUGAAUUUGGAUCAUUGCUAAGCUUGCCAUUGAACUUUCCUUCGGAUCAGAAUUUAUGUACUUGUCCUCACAGUGAGCCCCAGAGAGGUGUGGGGUCAGAGUAUCAGGUUCCCAGUUCUCUCAGACAUAUUUAUGAUAUACCCAGGAGUUUGUUUCAGGCAGCUUCUAAAGAUGUGCAACCGAAGAGUGCAGAUUCCACGCUACCCAAGGACCAGGCUCUGUCACCUCAAGGUGCUAGUGACCCAAAACUGCUGCUACCACACUUGGAAGCACGGAGGGUGCCUGAGCACAGCCGGGACAGAGGGAGGCCUUCGUCCUUACUCGCAGAAAGCACCAAGGAGUCAAGCGAUGAGACAUAUGUGGAUUUUGUUUCCAGGUGGUCAGACACAAAACCACAAAGACAGGUGUCAGACUCCAAAAGUAGUGAGUUAUCACCACCUAGUGGGGCCUCAGCUGACCCCUAUGACACAUGUAGCCCCCACCUUGGGAUGACAAGAGCUCUUUUUUCAGCUUGUCCAAUCUGUGGUGGACUAAAGGGAACAGCAGUGUUACAGUCUGGAGUCUUACCAGCUAUACCAGGUGGUGCUUCUGUCAUGGCAGCUUCUGGGUCUUUGAAAGUACAUAGAGGGCACAGUCUCCAAGCAGGUCCUAAAGGUGGUUAUGAGAUGCUGACACUUCCUGCAGAACCUGGAACUCCUGAGGAACUUGAAGGGGCAGUAGGCUAUUCAGCUGACGUCCCUGCAUCAGAUCGACCUCACAGUGAGACAGCCACCUAUGUUAAUAUUCCUGUCAGCCCUACUUCCAAAAAACAACUUCAUUACAUGGAACUGGAACGUCAAGAACCAAGCACAAGCAUAAGAGGGAGUGGAUCAUCCCGAUAUGCACAGAUUGACAUUGCAGCCACCGAGACAGCCCACAAAGUGGGAACGCAGCACGCUCAGUGCCGAGAGGAACGCUUGCAGGAGCUAGAGCAGAAGAAGAAAGGGGGUCAGCAGUGACCUGCCUAGGAAAGAACUUUUUGCUCACCAUAAAUUGGUACUAAUUUGUCUUCCAAAGAUUUGCAUUUAUUGUAAAAAAUACUCAUACAAAAAGCUGCCAUUGCGUACUGCAUUUAUACCAGAUUCAUUCCAAUAUCUUGAUUCCUGAUUGGAAAACUGGUAGCAUGAGGAGUAUGUGUGGUUUUACUUUUUCUUCUAACUUGGUUGCAAAGUCCAGAUUUUUUUUUUCAUAUGCAAUGAUGGAUGUAAGUUACCUUUUUCUAUAAUUCUAAAAUCCUGGAGAAUCUGGAGCCAAUUCCAGUGUUUAUUAAAUGGUGGCAUUUCCUUUAAAAAUAAAAAACUUGAAUGUG